GUUCCAUUUCACGACACUCACACAAGCAAAAUAAACUUGACACCAAAUAUUCAUUCAACCAUUCAAUUAAGAAAAAGCAGAUCACCUGAUGGACACCAAAAUCGGAUCCAUGGAUGCGAGCAAGGCGAGGGAUGGCGACGUGUGUAGUCCACCAAAAGGCGCGGUGGCAACCGUGGAAGACUCAGUUCCAGGCAGUGCGAUCUCGGUGGGGUCAUCGGAAGCGACACUAGGGCGUCACUUGGCAAGACGUCUAGUGCAGGCGGGGGUGACGGAUAUAUUCUCGGUACCGGGGGAUUUCAACCUAACAUUGCUGGACCACCUGAUCGCAGAGCCGGAGCUGAAGAACAUAGGAUGCUGCAACGAGCUAAACGCAGGAUACGCAGCGGACGGAUACGCGAGAUCACGAGGGGUGGGGGCAUGCGUGGUGACGUUCACGGUAGGGGGACUGAGCGUAUUGAACGCGAUCGCAGGAGCGUACAGCGAGAAUCUGCCGGUUAUAUGUAUAGUGGGAGGUCCUAACUCCAACGAUUUUGGGACCAAUCGCAUUCUCCAUCACACCAUCGGUUUACCUGAUUUCACCCAAGAGCUUCGCUGUUUCCACACCGUUACUUGCUACCAGGCGGUGGUGAACAAUUUGGAAGAUGCACAUGAGGAGAUCGACAAGGCCAUCUCAACAGCUCUUAAAGAAAGCAAGCCUGUUUACAUCAGCAUCAGCUGCAACUUAGCUUCUACUCCUCAUCCUACUUUCAUCCGUGAUCCUGUCCCUUUUUCUCUUACUCCUCGCUCCAGCAACCCCAUGGGCCUCCAUGCUGCCGUUGAAGCUACCUUGGAUUUUCUCAACAAGGCCGUCAAGCCUGUCAUGGUUGCUGGUGUCAAGCUGCGUGUUGCCAAAGCCAGCGAUGCCUUCGUCCAGCUUGCUGACGCUUCUGGAUACGCCAUGGCUGUCAUGCCAUCUGCCAAGGGCCUUGUCCCUGAGAAUCAUCCUCACUUCAUUGGGACUUACUGGGGUGCAGUGAGCACUCCUUUCUGCUCUGAGAUUGUUGAAUCUGCAGAUGCCUACAUCUUUGCUGGCCCUAUCUUCAACGACUACACCUCUGUUGGUUACUCCCUUCUCCUCAAGAAAGAGAAAGCCAUCCUUGUGCAUCCUGACCGUGUCACCGUGGCCAAUGGUCAAACCUUCGGGUGCGUUCUCAUGAGCGAGUUCUUCACUGAGCUGUCCAAGAGGGUGAAGCGUAACGAGACGGCUUAUGAGAAUUACCACAGGAUCUUUGUCCCUCAAGGUAAGCCUAUUGCAUGCAAAGCAAGAGAGCCUUUGAGAGUCAACACUAUGUUCCAACACAUUCAGAAGAUGCUCUCUUCUCAAACCGCUGUCAUUGCUGAGACCGGUGAUUCUUGGUUUAACUGCCAGAAACUUAGGCUCCCUAAAGGAUGUGGGUAUGAGUUUCAGAUGCAGUAUGGAUCCAUCGGGUGGUCUGUUGGUGCGACUCUGGGAUACGCACAGGCUGUACCGGAGAAGCGAGUGUUGGCUUUCAUCGGAGAUGGAAGUUUCCAAGUGACGGCUCAGGACGUAUCCACCAUGCUGCGCAACGGUCAGAAAACGAUCAUCUUCCUCAUUAACAACGGUGGCUACACCAUUGAAGUAGAGAUUCAUGAUGGUCCAUACAACGUGAUCAAGAACUGGAACUACACUGCUCUGGUUGAUGCCAUUCAUAACGGGGAAGGCAAAUGCUGGACCACAAAGGUGAGAUACGAGGCGGAGUUGGUGGAAGCGAUUAAGACAGCCACAUUGGAGAAGAAGGAUUCUCUUUGUUUCAUUGAAGUCAUUCUUCACAAAGAUGAUACGAGCAAAGAGUUGCUUGAGUGGGGCUCACGCGUCGCUGCUGCCAAUGGCCGUCCUCCCAACCCCCAGUAACCAAGAUUAUCUGAAGAAACGAAUCGUUUACUACUCUUGCUGGUUUUUUUUUUCACUUUUCAACUCUUGGUUUUAAUUUGCUUUUUGGAAUUUUUGUCUUGUUUCUUUCAAUUAGUACUGUAGUACGAAUAAAUUAUGUUGGGCAAUCA